CGGGCAGCGCGCGCUCGGGGGCUGCCAAGCCUCGCGAGAGCGGGGCUGACUAGGGUCGCUGGUGGUUACGGGGUCGCAGUGCGGCGUCAUGUUGGGCGCUGCUCAGUUGGUCCUGCAGUCUGACUCUCCAGUUUGUUUGCUUCUGUCCCACUGAGAGCGAAGGCUGGGUAAAUGCCCGGCAAGCGGAGUGGUGAGAAUGAGGACCAGCCAAAGGUUGAACGGCCUUGGGGGCGGCCCCCUGGCUCUAAAACGAGGCUCUCGGCAGCGGCUAUGGUGGACGCUGCUGCGGCUUGGGCAGGGGCUUAGGCUUCCCGGGGCGGGGCGGAGGCGGUGGGCAUCCUGCUCCCGGGCUAGACACGUAUUAAGAGGAGGCGGAGGGUCAUGUCUCUGGAAGACGAGAUGAAAAUUCUCGAGAAGCUGGAAGAAGAGUUUGCGCACCCUUAAGCAAAACGAGAAGGCGGUCAGGACCAGCAUGGAGAGUGUUUUGCCCGUCUGCUCCCAGGUGCUGUGCAUUCCUCAGGACGUAAACAUCGAGAAGAUGGAGACGAAGUAAUCUUUGGGGUCUAGGAUUAGACCAAAGGAGGAGGGGGCAGCCUCUGACGCUGAAGGCCAUCUGCAGCCAGGCCAAACAGGUUUACAGGCAACUGGUGGAAACCCCUGGCAAGGGCAACCCAGAGAAGUUUCAUGCGAGCAGGGGAUGGUUGGAGAAGUUUAGAAAUCGCUAUAGGCUGCUGAAUUCGAGGUUGAUAGGUGAGGAAGAACCGUUAAAUACCCAGUCGGCACCCACGUAUUCCAAGCAACGCCAGAAGCUGAUCAGAGUUAGUGGCAUUGUACCUCAGCAGGUCUUCACCGCCAAGCAGACGAGCCUGUUUUGGAAGUGCUUGCCUUCGCGUACUUUUGGGGAAAAAGACAAAAAUCCGGAAAGCUUAGAGGAAGCUAAGGACCGGAUUUCUUUCAUUUUUUGUGCCAGUGCCGCAGGUGACAAAACCAUUGCUGCUUUAUGAAGCAGCACCUGUUUUAUGGAAAAAAAUAUAAAACGCCUUCCUAUUUUCCGGCGAUCACUAACAGUAUCAUUAACAGCUGCCCUCAUUUUGGAUUGGCUUCGUAAUUGUUUUAUUCAUUGAACCUGGAGUUAUUUAACAGAAAAAAAUCUUGCCUUCAGAGUGUUGCUGUUUUUGGACAGAGGUCUCAGUCACCCAGACUCCAUUCUUUGCUCAUCCCAAUGAUGAUAUUGUGUUUCUCCAUCUGGAGGGCAGUAGCUAUCUUAAGCCCUUGGAUCAGGGUAUAAUUGAAGCAUUCAGGAGGUAAUACACCAAGCAUAUAUUUGACUACUUUGCCGACUUUUUGAAAAAAACCCUUGCCUCACUUUGAAAGAAACAUGGCAACAGUACAACUUUGCUGAUGCUUUGGUAGUAAUAAAAGAGGUGAUGGAUGAUAUAAAAACCAGCCUCUCUUAAUAAAGCCUGGUGGAACCUUUGGGAUGAUGUUGUGAAUGAUUAUGCAUGUUUCCCUAGAGCUAAUGAAGAAGUUGAAAAAAAUCAUAGUCUGAAAAUGGACGGGCUUUAAAUUCAUCGAUAUUGAUGAAAGUGAAAUUAAUAAGCAACUUAAGUUUCAAGCUUUGGCAAUAACACAGAGAGUCUAUAUCUGUAGAUGAGGAAGAAGGCAAAUCUCUGGAACCAGAGAUAAAGUUGAAUCCAAGGAAACAAUUCUGUCUUACACCAGGUGUCAGACCUCAUUGAAGCUGCAAUUGAUAUGGGUUCUUUACUGGAUUGAAGUUUGGCCUUUAAAAAAGAUUUCAAUAAAUUGUUGUAUACCUAUAAAGAGGCCCAAAAGAACCUUCAAAAUAAAGCAAAGGAGAUGAAGAAAGAGAAGGAAGACACAAACAAUAAAGAGGAAGUAGUGUGGGUGAAAGGGAUGGGUACAGAAUCUGACUCUGAAGAGGAUUCUGAGUCCAUAUCUGAAUCCAGUAAGGAGGAGGAGAGAAAGAGGGUAAGAAGCCUCCAGAAGAAGAGCUUAUAAUCUCAGGCAGUGGCACUGAGGCUCUUACUAGAUCUGAAGAAUCUGCCAAGGCCAUAAAUGCAGAAUUGGACUUUUGGAAUCUAACCUUGGAAUUGAAUCUGAAGAGAGUAGAGGUGCCUGAGUUGAAGGAAGAAGAGAAUCCAGAAACGGUUUCUUCCAAAUAACAGUUCAUCUCUUGCCAUCCUUCCCCUGCUGCCCCAGCAUCGUCUUCAUCAUGACCAUCUUUAUAAUCACCAAAUCAACAAACAUUUAUUGAGCAUAAUCUCUGUGGGAUCCUCUGCUAAACUCUGGGACAUCAUCUCAGGAUCUAAGAUCCUGACUGCUUCUUUCCUGACAUAUCCCAUGCUCAGGACCCUUAGCCAGCAGCUCCUUUCAGUUGUCACUGGCAGCUAUGUCUCCGGCACUUACUCCAUCGUUUUUGUCAACUGUCCCAACGAGCAGAUUGCCAGAGAUAUUGCCAGGGCUAUACUGGAUAAGAAGCUGACUGCCUCUGUGAACAUCCUGCCUAAGGCAUCCUCACUAUACUAUUGGAAUGGAGAAAUAGAAGAAGCCACUGAAAUCCUGCUGUUAAUAAAGACAAAGACUUCCAAGGUCCAUAUGCUAUCCAGCUACAUCAGGUUGGUGCAUCCUUUUGAAAUCCCAGAGGUCUUCAGUCUUCCCAUGGACCAAGGAGAUGUGCACUAUUUAAAGUGGCUGGAGGAGGGCAUGGAGGAGGAAUGAGUGGGGGCUCUUUGUGCCUCCUGCUGGCUGACUCUAACCUUCAUCAGCUGUUCUCUGGGGGAGGGGAGGCUUCUUUCUGCCCCCUCACAUCUCUGGAUUCCAUGCUUUUGUCAGCACAGAGGAGUUAAGUAACUUGUGGAGGGUGACGGUCCAAGGCUUCUGAGGCUGGAAGAGGACGCUGGGCCAGUCAGGCCAAGCAAGAACCCAGUGGAUCUUGUCUCUGAGUGCAUCAUGCGUAAAGAUGUCUCUGGUGCAUGUGAAAAUCUUGUGUAAAGUAAACCCUACCGAAAAUGUACUGGGGACCCCAAAUGGACUGUCCGUAUUGCUUUCACGAUAAAGUCAAUUUCUUGGUCUGGA